AUGCCUGAGCCCGAUGAGAAUGGUGAAGAGUGUAUCAUUGUCAUCAAGAAUGGCAACACCAUCAGUGUUACCUUUGCAAUCUACCUGCACAGCCAGAAGGAUGGUGCUUUUUCUGCACCCGGGAAUUCUGGGUCUAUCAUCACUAACACCAAAAGUUGCAUUGUCGGCAUGAUUGCCAGCAGUGCCAGCCAGAUGGGCUCUAUUGACAUUACCUAUGCAUUGCCAUACUACUAG